CCUCGGCUCUUGCUCACCGGGGUCGCUGGGACCGUUAGCUCGCCAGGCUGGCCAGCCGCGGGGCCCAGCUCUGCCGCCGGCCGGGAUGGAGACGAUGCGAGCGCAGCGGCUGCAGCCCGGCGUAGGUGCCGGCGGGAGAGGCACUCUGCGAGCGCUGCGGCCGGGGGUGACCGGGGCCCCGCCGAGCGCCGCCACACCCCCCGCGGGCCCGCCGCCCGCCCCGCCGCCCCCCGCCCCGCCCCCGCCGCCGUUGCUGCUGGCUGGUGCCCCCGGGCUGCCCCUGCCCCCCGGCGCCUCGGGGAGCCCUGCGGUGCUGCGCGAGGCCGUGGAGGCGGUGGUGAGGAGCUUCGCCAAGCACACGCAGGGCUACGGCCGAGUGAACGUGGUGGAGGCUCUUCAGGAGUUCUGGCAGAUGAAGCAGUCCCGGGGCGCCGACCUGAAGAAUGGGGCUCUGGUGGUGUACGAGAUGGUCCCUUCCAACAGCCCUCCCUAUGUCUGCUACGUCACUCUGCCGGGGGGAAGUUGUUUUGGGAGUUUCCAGUUUUGCCCCACAAAAGCCGAGGCCCGGCGAAGUGCUGCGAAGAUUGCGCUAAUGAACUCCGUGUUUAACGAACAUCCAUCCCGAAGAAUUACUGAUGAGUUCAUUGAGAAGAGUGUCUCAGAGGCCCUGGCAUCUUUCAAUGGUAACAGAGAGGAAGCAGACAACCCAAAUACAGGGAUUGGUGCGUUCCGAUUCAUGCUGGAAUCUAAUAAGGGCAAGUCAAUGCUGGAGUUCCAGGAGCUAAUGACAGUUUUUCAGCUGCUGCACUGGAAUGGCAGCCUUAAGGCCAUGAGGGAAAGACAGUGCUCUCGACAGGAGGUGUUGGCUCAUUAUUCACACCGGGCCCUGGAUGAUGAUAUUCGCCACCAGAUGGCUCUGGACUGGGUGAGCCGGGAGCAGAGUGUGCCCGGGGCACUGUCUAGGGAGUUGGCCUCCACUGAACGGGAGCUGGAUGAAGCCCGGCUGGCAGGCAAGGAGCUGCGCUUCCACAAGGAGAAGAAAGACAUUCUCAUGCUGGCUGCGGGGCAGCUGGGCAAUAUGCACUCCUCCAGCUGCUGAACAUCUGUUGCCCUCUAUUGCCAUGCUCUUCAGCUCUUUUUUGUAUGUCUCCUUUCUAAGGCGUAGGAUGAUUUCUGUAUAUACUUUCUCAAUUUUAUACUUUAAAAUAUAGAGAGAUAUAUAUGUAUAAAUUCUAUACCUGGAUUCCUAUUUGCUGAGAUCCCUUUUCUAACUUCCAGUUUGGGGAUGUAGUUACCUUUGCAGUAUCACUGUUUCAUUUUAGAGCUUUGUUGACUUUUAAACCUUCAAAUUAAGGAUGUAAUUCAUUUCAGUAGUACAGUACAAUUUACUAAGCGUUCAUGUCUCUCUUUCUUAAAAUAGCAGUCAGCUCGUCAGGCGGUGGUGGCGCACACCUUUAAUGGCAGCACUUGGGAGGCAGAGGCAGGUGGUUCUGAGUUUGAGGCCAGCCUGGUCUACAGAGUGAGUUCUAGGACAGACAGAGCUGUUACAACAGAGAAACCCAGUCUCAAAAAACCAAAAACUAAAACAAAACAAAGCAGUCAGGUGUGAUGACUCAUGGCUAUAAUAAUCUCUGCACUCAGCAGUCUGAGACAGUACUGCUGUGAAUAUGAGGCCGGCCUGGACGACACAGUCAGUUUCAGGUCAACAUGGGCAACAGUGUCUCAGAUGUUCUCAAAGCCCUCCUCUCCUACAUGUAAAACAACAGCUGGAAUAAGGAGUAUGUGCCCCACUUCAUUCACGAUCCUGCUUUCUCUAGAUUGAACCAGGGUGAGUGUGGAGCCUUUGGCUUGAGGUGGGCCUUCUGAUGCUCCUUUCCUGCUUACUCUCCUCCUUCCUUGCCCCCAAAGGCUCCUUUGUUUAGGGGCUUCCCUACCUUAUCCAGAAGGAACAGGAGAUCUGGCUUCUUUUUGGCUGGCCUGGAACUCAUUCUCUAGACUAGGGGGGCGUCAUAUUAGUGGCAAUAUUCCUGCUGAGAGUAUAGGCCUGGGUCACCAUGCCUGACCUGGUUUUUAUUUUGAAGUCUCUCCGGAGAAACUGCCCAAGAACAAGAGAAUUAUAAAUCUAAUCCACAUGGAGGGUGGGGGGCAGCAAUGAACUGCUUCUGGCUUCUCGAUAUCCUUCCAGCAGUCAAGAUUUCCGGAUGUAAGAAGAGGGUGAGGGGUCAGCAGACCUUUCCCCAUCAUUCCCUGCUCACCAUACUUAGUAAAGAUACACACUUUUCCCAUUUCAUUUUGUUUAUGUAGCCCAGGCAGGCCUCAAACUCUCCUUGUAGCCUAGAAUGACCUCCAAGUCCUGAGCCUGCUGCAUCCACCUCCCAUGUGCUAGGAUUACAAUGGAACACCUCAGCUGCCUUAACCCCUCCUUCAGUGAUUGAAGAAGCAUUUUGCUCUUUAGAAACUGUAUCUGUUCUAUUUAGUGAGAACCAUGUUCCUCUCAGGCCCACUGAGCUGUGCUGUUUACUCUUAAAUGUUACACCUUAGUUCUCACUUCCUGUGUCUUCCUUCUUUUCCUCCACAUGGACUGUGAGAACAGGAGUUGAUAAAACUUGGGUGAGAACGUGAUUCUUCCUAAGUGGGACCGUGGAAGCGAGCAAGAGAGGAAAGAGAACUAGGUACUUGUGUGUGAAGAGAGAAAUGACCAGGACGAUAGGCAGAGUUCUGUACUUCUGGAUAAUUUUAUGUAGGAAGCUCUAGCUCCCCUUGUUGCUGUGAUCUCUGCUAUACUGUAUUAGUGUUCAGUGCACUUUCUAUCAUUAUACUCUACUGCAAUUUGACUUCCCACUUAACAGUUGCAGUUUGCUUUUAGAUUAGGAACUAGGCCUGACCUAGUGAUGCAGGUCUGUCAUCCCAGUUACUCUAGAGGCUCAGGCACGAAGGUCAGAAAUUCAAGGUCCAUCCCAGGUAGAGCGAGUUCAGAGGCAACCUGGGUAACUUAGCAAGACUGUCUCAAAAACAGGACGUGGAAACAGGGCUAGGGAUAGAGCUUAGUGUGGUAGGGUUUGACUGGCAUGGGAGGGCCCAAUUCAAUCUCUACUGCAGAAAGAGUGGUGGUUGGGGGGAGCAGGAGAUCUGGAGGGAAGAGGGGAGAGAGGGAGUAGAUUAGACCAGUUAGCUCACUUGGGAAGAGCAAGGUGAAAAGC